AUGAAUAACCUAAAAUCUGUAACGCCUGAACCUAUCAAUUUAAUCGAUGAAGAGAAUGAUGAUUUGGAGGUAGUAUUGAAUAAAAAUAAUGGUAGUGAUGAAAUUACGGGUAUACAUAAAGUUAUUGUUAGUGAUUAUAACAUAAUCGAGAAUGAAAUUGUUGUUUGGAAACUAACCGUUGUGUUGUUGAGAAGACGUGAAAAUAUAGAGAAAAAAUUGGAAUUAUAUAAGUAUAAAAGGUUCAGUGAUUUUAAGACUUUAAGAGAUAAAAUUAUAGCUGAUAACAAGAAGAAAGAUGUACCACUGAAAUUUAAUCUACCUGAACUGCCCCCUAGUGUUCCAUGGUACAAUAAAUGGCAAUAUGUAUCGUAUAAUUUAAACCCAAACUGGUUAAAUAAAAGGCAACAAGGACUAGAAUAUUUCAUCAACUACAUUAUAUGUGAUUCGAGAAUACUAAAACAAAACAAAGAAAUUAUAUACGAGUUCCUAAACUUGUAA